GGGGGCCGGGCUCAGCGGCGGAAGUAGCGCCGCUGGGAGAUCUCCUUCCGCUCUGAGGAAUUGCCCGGCCGUGGAGCGGGACUGCGGCUGAGGCAGGAAGAGUGGGGGCCGUGGUGACAUGAAGCAGGUGGGUCCUACAGAGGUCUCUGGGACGGGAUGGUGGUACAAGAGCUGUCUCUACCCGAUGGAUCCCGCUUCCCUGCCCGGUGUCCGUCUUUGGUUCGGUCCGAUCCUUCGCAAACCCCUCGCGCUCCGGGUUCCGCCCCCUUCCUCUCCACUCGCUGCUGCGCGCGCAAGGUUGGGGAGGUGGGGUUGCCUUGGUCCUUACCCAAGAGGGUCCCUCCGGAGGACGUCUGCGGUCGCUUUCCUAAGCCUUCUUUAUACCCUGCCGCUGAGGCCCCAUUGUCCCCACUUCAACGUGGGGGCCCACCAGGAUGAGCAAGCUGUCUGGUGAUCUGGCCUGUGACUUGGAGCGCAGUUUACCGGCCCUGGCCUCCCUGGGCACCUCACUGUCCCACAGCCAGAGCCUCUCCUCACACUUCAUCCCGCCGCCUCUGGAGAAGCGCAGGGCCAUCUCUGAUGUCCGCCGCACCUUCUGCCUCUUCGUCACCUUUGACCUGCUCUUCAUCUCCCUCCUCUGGAUCAUCGAGCUAAAUACCAACACUGGCAUCCGGAAAAACCUGGAGCAGGAGGUGAUCCACUACAGCUUUCAGAGCUCAUUCUUCGACAUCUUUGUUCUGGCUUUCUUCCGCUUCUCUGGGCUGCUCCUGGGCUAUGCUGUGCUCCGGCUCCAGCACUGGUGGGUGAUUGCGGUCACCACACUGGUGUCUAGUGCGUUCCUCAUUGUCAAGGUCAUCCUUUCUGAGUUGCUCAGCAAAGGAGCGUUCGGGUACCUGCUCCCCAUCGUCUCUUUCGUCCUGGCCUGGCUGGAGACCUGGUUCCUUGAUUUCAAAGUCCUACCCCAGGAGGCUGAAGAGGAGAGAUGGUAUCUUGCUGCCCAGGCUGCUGUUGCCCGUGGACCCCUGCUGUUCUCCGGUGCUUUGUCUGAGGGGCAGUUCUACUCUCCCCCAGAAUCCUUUGCAGGGUCUGACAAUGAAUCAGAUGAGGAAGUCACCGGGAAGAAAAGUUUCUCUGCCCAGGAGCGGGAAUACAUCCGUCAGGGAAAGGAAGCAACUGCAGUGGUGGAUCAGAUCUUGGCCCAGGAGGAGAACUGGAAGUUCGAGAGGAGUAAUGAGUAUGGGGACACUGUGUACACCAUUGAAGUUCCCUUUCAUGGAAAGACCUUCAUUUUGAAGACCUUCCUGCCCUGUCCUGCUGAGCUGGUGUACCAGGAAGUGAUCCUACAGCCGGAGAGGAUGGUGCUGUGGAACAAGACGGUGACUGCCUGCCAGAUCCUGCAGCGGGUGGAGGACAACACUCUUGUCUCCUAUGAUGUGUCAUCCGGAGCUGCAGGUGGCGUGGUGUCGCCCAGGGACUUUGUGAAUGUCCGACGUAUUGAGCGGCGCAGAGACCGAUACCUGUCAUCUGGCAUUGCCACCACACACUGCUCCAAGCCCCCCACGCACAAAUACGUCAGGGGGGAGAAUGGCCCCGGAGGCUUCAUUGUGCUCAAGUCAGCCAACAACCCCCGGGUCUGCACCUUCGUCUGGAUUCUUAACACAGAUCUCAAGGGCCGCCUGCCUCGGUACCUUAUCCACCAGAGCCUUGGGGCCACCAUGUUUGAAUUUGCCUUUCACCUGCGUCAGCGUGUUGGAGAGCUGGGGGCCCGAGCUUGACCUUGUUCCCUCGCCACCCUGCGGGCCAGGGUUCUGUCCACGACUUCCGGAGCCAGAACGUGGAACUAUUUGGGUUUUCCUGCUGCUUAUGAAGGACUUUGUGCUAAGCAGCAGGUGGCACCUCAUUCCCUGGCUAUAGUAUUCCACUAAGCCAUACUGCCCAGGAACACGGUUCUGAGCAGUUGUGGGGCUGCGUGCCUGGACUCGGGGUUUCCCAGGCUGGAGGACUCGGGAGUGUUCUGCCUUCUGGAGGAGACUGUCCGCCCUGCCUCACUGGGCAUCUUAGACUUGGUCACAGAGGACCUGGGCUUGGGUGGGGCAGGAGAGCAUCCUAUUGCCAGUGUGAAGCUGAGGGAGCUCUCUUAAGUUUUGUACCAUUAGUAAAGGGGUCUGUGACCCCAGACAUCGUGGGGAUGUAAGGCAGGGAACGAUGGCACUGCAUCCCUGCCUCUCCACGCCCUCACACUCUAUGAAGGCCUUCUUGGGGAUCUUUGUAAUGAUUUGAGCCAAUAAAAAAUAAAAAUGCA